CAGGCGCCGUACAAGCUGGGAGCGAUUUAAAACGCUUUGGGUUCCCCGGGCCUGGGUGGGGAGAACGAGCUGGGUGUCCCCUCUAUCCCCCACCCUCGGUGCCCCAUGAGCCGACCCUCGGCCCCAUGGAGCCUGGCAAUUAUGCCACCUUGGACGGGGCCAAGGAUAUCGAAGGCUUGCUGGGAGCAGGAGGGGGCCGGAAUCUAAUCGCCCACUCCCCACUGACCAGCCACCCAGCGGCGCCUGCGCUGAUGCCCGCUGUCAACUAUGCCCCCUUGGAUUUGCCAGGCUCUGCAGAGCCACCGAAGCAGUGCCACCCAUGUCCUGGGGUGCCCCAGGGGGCAUCCCCAGCUCCCGUGCCUUAUGGCUACUUUGGAGGCGGGUACUACUCCUGCCGGGUGUCCCGGAGCUCGCUGAAACCCUGUGCCCAGGCGGCCACUUUGGCCGCCUACCCCGCGGAGACUCCUGCAGCUGGGGAGGAGUACCCUAGCCGCCCCGCCGAGUUUGCCUUCUAUCCGGGGUACCCCGGACCCUACCAGUCUAUGGCCAGUUACCUGGAUGUGUCCGUGGUGCAGACCCUGAGCGCCCCUGGAGAGCCUCGCCACGACUCCCUGCUGCCCGUGGACAGUUACCAACCUUGGGCCCUGGCAGGUGGCUGGAACAGCCAGAUGUGUUGCCAGGGCGAGCAGAAUCCACCGGGUCCCUUCUGGAAGGCGGCAUUUGCAGACUCCAGCGCGCAGCACCCUCCUGACGGUUGUGCUUUCCGGCGCGGCCGUAAGAAGCGCAUUCCAUACAGCAAGGGGCAGUUGCGGGAGCUGGAGCGAGAGUAUGCAGCUAACAAGUUUAUCACCAAGGACAAGAGGCGUAAGAUCUCUGCGGCCACGAGCCUUUCAGAGCGCCAGAUUACCAUCUGGUUUCAGAACCGCCGGGUCAAGGAGAAGAAGGUUCUGGCCAAGGUCAAGACCAGUGCUACACCAUAAGAGAUCAGCCUGGCUGGGUGGGUGGGUGGGGGUCAGGAAAAGCAUGGGUGUCCUGGGGAAAUCAGGGGCCUGUCAGGGCCCAGUCUGGCAAGGACUUUACUGGGCACCCAGAGAUGACACCCUUGGCAGGCCACUGGCUCCUGGACUGUUCUUCAGAGGUAGCCCGGGGUACCCUGUAUGUGCCAGGAGAGUGAGGCGGGGAGUUACAGUCCACUCCACCCGGGGUUCCCGAAGAGCCUGUCCUAGUCAUAAUCAUUCAUCCUAACAGUGGAGAUGAUCACGAUAACCAGUACUAGUUGCCAUGAUAAUGAGUUUCGUAUUUUCUAUUUAGAGUUCUGUAGAGCACUUUAGAAACUGCUUUCCUGAAUUGAGAUGAUUAUGAAUAAACUUGGAAGGAGAUCCUUUUGCAGGG